UCCUCCUUAUCCUACUCCUCCUUCUCCUCCACCUCCACAUCCUCAUCUCUCUCACCGGGAGCGUCCAGACGCCAAGCGGACGGCAGGCAGGGAGACGCGGAGGAGGGUAAAGGAAGGCAUCUGCAAUUAUCAACCCGGUCACGAUGCGCGGAUCUCCCCGCCACAGGACGCGCGCGGGGUGGACGCCGCUGUUGCAACUGCUGCUGCUGCUGCCGACGAUGCUGCUGGCGUCGCAGGCUGCAGAGAGGCAGCGGUCCUCGGAGCACGUCGUGGUCCAGCUGCACGAGGGGGCGCCGGAGGAGGAGGCGAGCCAACUUGCAGCCCAGCACGGCUACCAGAGUGCACGCAAGGUCACCUUUGGAAAGGGGCUCUACCACCUUUACCCCCAGGACUCCGCCAAGAGACGGAGCAAACGCAGCGCACGCAGCAGACAGCGGCUCCAAAAAGACAGCAGGGUGAAGAGCAUUCUGGAGCAAGAGGGCUUCGAGCGGCAGAAGCGAGGCUACAGAAGUUUAGAGGAGAUGGACGUCAACAUAAGCGACCCUCUGUUCACCAAACAGUGGUACCUGAUAAACACGGGCCAGGCAGACGGCACACCAGGACUGGAUCUCAAUGUGGCUGAAGCGUGGCAACUGGGCUACACCGGUCACGGGGUCACCAUCGCCAUAAUGGAUGAUGGCAUCGACUAUCUGCAUCCAGACCUGGCAUCAAAUUACAACGCAGAGGCCAGUUAUGACUUCAGCAGCAACGACCCGUACCCUUUUCCCCGCUACACGGACGACUGGUUCAACAGUCACGGCACAAGAUGUGCCGGGGAAGUGUCGGCGGCGGCCAACAACGACAUUUGCGGCGUGGGUGUGGCCUACAACUCCAAAGUGGCAGGUAUUAGGAUGUUGGACCAGCCAUUUAUGACCGACAUCAUAGAAGCGUCAUCCAUCAGCCACAUGCCUCAAGUCAUUGACAUCUACAGCGCCAGCUGGGGGCCGACGGAUGACGGCAAGACCGUGGAUGGCCCCCGAGAGUUAACCCUUCAGGCCAUGGCUGAUGGCGUCAACAAGGGCCGAGGAGGGAAAGGCAGCAUCUACGUGUGGGCCUCGGGAGACGGCGGCAGCUAUGACGACUGCAACUGUGACGGCUACGCCUCCAGCAUGUGGACCAUUUCCAUCAACUCCGCCAUCAACGACGGACGCACGGCGCUCUAUGACGAGAGCUGCUCCUCCACUCUGGCCUCCACCUUCAGCAACGGACGCAAAAGAAACCCGGAGGCUGGCGUGGCCACCACUGACCUUUAUGGAAACUGCACACUGCGUCACUCUGGAACAUCAGCAGCAGCUCCUGAGGCUGCCGGAGUCUUCGCUCUGGCCCUUGAGGCAAACCCGGACCUGACAUGGAGAGACAUGCAGCACCUGUCGGUACUGACCUCCAAGAGGAACCAGCUCCACGACGAGGUCCACCAGUGGAGAAGGAACGGCGUGGGCCUGGAGUUCAACCACCUGUUUGGCUAUGGCGUGCUGGAUGCGGGCGGCAUGGUGAAAAUGGCCAAGGAUUGGAAGACGGUGCCAGAGCGUUUCCACUGUGUGGCCGGAUCUAUCCAGGAGAACCAUAAAAUCCAGUCGGGCGACAAGCUGGUUCUGGCCAUCGCCACCGACGCCUGCCAGGGCAAAGACAACUUUGUCCGCUACCUGGAACACGUCCAGGCGGUCAUCACCGUCAACGCCAGCCGCCGCGGCGACCUCAACCUCAACAUGACCUCGCCCAUGGGCACCAAGUCCAUCCUCCUCAGCCGGAGGCCCCGCGACGACGACUCCAAAGUGGGCUUCGACAAGUGGCCCUUCAUGACCACCCACACCUGGGGCGAGGACCCGCGCGGCACCUGGGUGCUGGAGGUGGGCUUCCGAGGCCAGGAGCUCCAGCGAGGCGUCUUCAAGGAGUGGACCCUCAUGCUGCACGGGACACAGAGUGCUCCUUACAUAGACCAGAAGGUGCGCGACUACCAGUCCAAGCUGGCCAUGUCCAAGAAGGAGGAGCUGGAGGAGGAGCUGGACGAGGCCGUGGAGAGGAGCUUGAACAGCUUGCUGAGUAAAAGCAACUAAACAUCUGGCCUGCAUGACCCUCACUCGCUUCUCAUCCCUCCUGUCGCUACUUCUACCUCUCUCACCCUCCUCACUCUGCUUUUUCUACCUUGCAGUUCCCACCUCCAAUGAAUGUUCAGUGUUAGCAAUGACGGUGUACCCUUCAGUGAUCGGAGAAACAUCAUUUUUACACUCGGACACGCGGUCCUGGUCAAAAGUUUACGUACACUGGUGAAGAACAUAAUGUCGUGGCUGUCUCGAGUUUCCCAUUUAGUUUCUGCAACUCUUAUUUUUUUUGUGAUAGAGUGAUUGGAGCAAAUAGUCCACCAUACCUACUGUCAAGCAUGGUGGUGGUAGUAUUAUGCUCUGGGCUUGUGUUGCUGCAAAUGGAACUGGUGCUUUACAGAGAGUACAUGAGACCAUGAAAUAAGAGAAUUACCUCCAAAUUCUGGUAGCCAUCCACAAGCUUCUGCUUGAAUUCUGACUACUCUUGACAAAAUUUGUGCAGUUCAACUAAAUUUGUUGGUUUUCUGACAUGGACUUGUUUCUUCAGCAUUGUCCACACAUUUAAGUCAGGACUUAGGGAAGGCCAAUUCUAAAACCCUAAUUCUAGUUUGAUUUAGCCAUUCCUUUACCACAAAAAAAGGAGCAGUUUGGCCACAAUACAUAGCAAUAUGUUUGGAGGAGAAAAAGUGAGGCCUUUAAUCCCAGGAACACCACACCUACUGUCAAGCAUGGUGGUGGUAGUAUUAUGCUCUGGGCCUGUUUUGCCCACAAUGGAACUGCUGAUUUACAGAGAGUACAUGAGACCAUGAAAUAAGAGAAUUACCUCCAAAUUCUGGUAGCCAUCCACAAGCUUCUGCUUGAAUUCUGACUACUCUUGACAAAAUUUGUGCAGUUCAACUAAAUUUGUUGGUUUUCUGACAUGGACUUGUCUCUUUAGCAUUGUCCACACAUUUAAGUCAGCACUUAGGGAAGGCCAUUCUAAAACCCUAAUUCUAGCCUGAUUUAGCCAUUCCUUUACCACCAAAUAUGGAGCAGUUUGGCCACAAUACCCGGCAAUAUGCUUGGAGGAGACAAGGUGAGGCCUUUAAUCCCAGGAACACCACACCUACCGUCAAGCAUGGUGGUGGUAGUAUUAUGCUCUGGGCUUGUGUUACUGCCAAUGGAACUGGUGCUUUACAGAGAGUACAUGAGACCAUGAAAUAAGAGAAUUACCUCCAAAUUCUGGUAGCCAUCCACAAGCUUCUGCUUGAAUUCUGACUACUCUUGACAAAAUUUGUGCAGUUCAACUAAAUUUGUUGGUUUUCUGACAUGGACUUGUUUCUUCAGCAUUGUCCACACAUUUAAGU